GCUCUUACAGAAUUGCGCAUAGGAGAGGGAGAAGGCGGGCUCUCCUCUCCGUUCGUUUCCGCCUCCCCGACGGAAGAAGAGCAAAACCCUAGUCGGCGAAGGACGCUGGACGGCUGGAGGCGCGCUGUGCUGCUCGUCGCGCCUGGACAUCCCAACGCCGCCUCUCAAGGAUCCAGACCGUCGUUUUCCUUCCCCAUAAGUGAGGCGUAGCAAUGGCUGCGAAAGGCGGGCCGACCAAUUUGGAGAAGGAGCAGAUGUUUGGGAUGGCGGAGAAGGAGAUGGAGUACAGGGUUGAUCUUUUCAAUAGGCUUACACAGACUUGUUUCGACAAGUGCAUUGAGAAAAGGUAUAAAGAAGCUGAGCUCAAUAUGGGUGAGAACAGUUGCAUCGAUCGAUGUGUUUCAAAGUACUGGCAGGUGACUAAUUUAGUCGGUCAGCUUCUUGGGAACCGGCCUCAGAUGUGAACUGAGAAGCACCAGUUGCAUUUUGUAGCAGAAUCUCGUCGCUCUGUUCCUUCAUUUUGGUUGGUUUUAGAAUGUUGCCACUUGCUACUAAGUACACGAGUACAGCACCAGUGACUUGCUAAUUCCUGGACUGCUCAAGGAAAUCCCAGUAUCCUGCCCUUUCCGGUGAUGUACCUUUUCUAUGAAUCAUGAACAGGGAACAUGCCUAUAAUAAUUUGAUACAGCUUGAGAGAAUAAUUCUGCUGCGAAAGUUGGCCA